AUGCAGAACGGCGUGUGUGGCAGUAAGAAACAAAGUGCCAAGUGGGACACACUUGAAAGGCAAUCGAGCAAGGUCAGAAACCCAAAUCCCAAAAAUCAAAACCAUCGUGUGGAAAAGCCACCGCUUAGCCUCUUAGCCUCGACCGGUGGAGACUGGGGGAGGACCCCAUCCUGGUGGCUUACUGCCGAGGGAAAUCAAGAGAUGGAACGAGGUCAUCGCUGCUUUGACCUGGGACCAUGGAAGAUUGAAGACUACAAGGUGGAACAGAACAACCCGCACUAA